AUGACAAACAAAAUUUUCUCCACGCCUCUUUCAACUUUCUUCAAAUUGAGACGAACUUUAACUUCAAUUCCCCAAAGUUUAUCUCCUCAUCUUAAAAUUGUACCUUCAUCACCACCCUUUGCACCACCGUAUGAUAUUGAUAAUCUCUGUCAUGGUUACCCUACCUGCUAUUAUUAUUCUUCUCUUGGAUCUCUCAGAUUUUGCAGGAAAAAUUUAUGUUCAAAACCUGCAGAGAAAUUCCAAACCACAUGCUGGAAUUGCCACGAUGUUCCUCAAUCAGCACCUUUCCUGUUCUGCCAAUCAUGUCGCUGCAUUCAGCCUGUUGAUCAUUCCAUUGACUAUUUCGAAAUUUUUGGGACGGAAAAGAAGUAUGAUGUAGAGGGUAUCAAUUUGGAGGGGAAGUACAAGGAGUGGCAAAAGAAACUACAUCCUGAUUUAGUGCAUUCUAAAUCUCAGAAAGAAAAAGAUUUUGCAGCUGAACAAUCUGCAAGAGUGAUUGAUGCAUACCGUACACUUAGUAAGCCUUUGUCAAGAGCGAUUUAUAUGAUGAAGCUCGAAGGAGUGGAAAUUGAUGAGGAGCAGACAAUUUCAGAUGCAGAAUUACUAGCAGAGAUUAUGGAAAUCAGGGAAGAAGUUGAAGAAGCAACUAACUCUGAAGCUUUGAAUCACAUUCGCUCCCAGAUGCAGGAGAAACUGCAAAGUUGGUCUAAUGCCUUUGCUGAUGCUUUUAAAAGACGGGACUUUGAAAAAGCGAAGAAUGUAAUUAGGAGAAUGACUUAUUAUAGUCGUGUAAUUGAGGAAGUUGUGAAGAAGCUUUGA